CUGGGCUUUCUGUUUGCUUCAAUUUUUCAAGGUUUCAGUGUGAGUUUUGUUCAUAACUCAUCAUUAGAAGUUAGGACUUCAUUGCCACUCUAAAGAGUAUACAUGUUAGUCUGAGUUUUGUUCAUAAAUGUUAGUCUGUUGCAGCUAAAGAUUUGAUCUUUUUCUUUGUUGAGUCUUCGUUCUUAUCUGGGAAAACAUAAGUGGACAAGGCUUAGUUUCAAGAUUUAAUCUUGAAACUAUUUGAUCAUGUAACAGAUGCUAGAUGUUUCCUUUUCAGUUUAGUUAUGUUUAGGGGAAAAUAUAGAUUUCACUUAGUUAUGUUUAGGGGAAAAUAUAGAUUUCACUCCUAGCUUAGGAGUCUUUGCAUAAUUGCAUUACAUCACUUUAUUUAGUGUCAUAUAUAUUUGAGUGACAAGAAAAUCCGCAUCCACUAUACAAUGGUGUACACUCCCCGUCUUGGGAUUCUAGCCGGCAAAGAAUCACAACAAAAAGUUUGGGUUCUGGGCUCGAUCCUUCAACGUGCAUCUUGUGCUAGCAAGGUCUAAACUGAGGCUUGCAGACAAUAUAGAUACUAUGGCCAAACCUAAUGGGAUUAUCUAUUCUUCUCCAAAGUCACCUCAGCAUCCGAAAAUAUAUGCCAAAACUCAAGUGAUUGAGCAUAGCAAACAAAGCAAUGGCUAUCUCUCGAUGUUAAGACUCAAGUUGUCUAAUAAGGGAUUCUGGCGAGCUUAUAGGGCACCAAGUGGCUACAUUGCUACCCGAGGAUCUUCUCUUCGGUGUCAUUCUGCAGAAACGCGCCAUGCUGAAACAGAAGAAUGUGUUAGAGAGUAUCGUGAUAGUUCAGACACAUCUAGUAUGCAAGGAGAAAAUAAGGAUCCAGCCUCACUUGGAAAAUCUGUUACUGCAAGUCCGGGAUUAGCUGAAGCUUGUAAAUUUGUUUACAAUGAUGCAAAAUUUGUAAACGAAAGGGCUAAGAACGACAUUGUGUUGCUCUCUCGUGGAAUAAUGAGGUUGGAUGCUCGUGCACGCCAAGAUGUUGCUUUUCUCGGUUCAGAAUUUCUUAAACUUGAUGCAUUUUUAUUGGUAGCCCGAGCUAGAGAAAACACAGAGAAGAUUGACAAUGAUGUCAAGAGAAAAGCGGAAAGGCUUCAUCAUGUUGCCACUAUUCUCAAGAACAAAGCUCAAUCAAGAUUGAAAAAUGCUGCUGACCAGCAUUGGAGCGAUGGUGCUUUAGAGGCUGAUUUGCGACGUGCUGAUUUUGCUGCCAAACAACGUGCAAUGGAAGAUGCCUUAAUGGCUUUAGAGUUUGUCAAAAACAUCCACGAUAUGAUGGUGAGCAAGAUGUGCAAUUUGAAAAGAAGUUCUCUGAAUCCCAACAAAAUGACUGAGCGCAUAACACUAGAGAAGAACGGGAAAAUGCUCAACUUUCUUCCCGGGGAAGUGUCUGCUGAGCGUAUUAGUGCUAUUCAGGAAGCGUAUUGGGAUAUAGCAGCUGCACUUUCUGAAGCGGAUGGGAUUGACUACACGGAUCCCGAAGAGCUAGAGUUGUUAGUUGCAACGUUAAUAGAUCUCGAUGCAAUGGAUGGUAAAAGUAGCGUGUCUCUGUUGGCCGAGUGUUCGAGUUCUCCCGAUGUCAAUACAAGGAAAGCAUUAGCUAAUGCACUAUCGGCUGCACCAUCCAUGUGGACUCUGGGAAACGCGGGCAUGGGAGCUUUGCAGAGACUUGCACAAGAUAACAACCCUGCAAUCGCUGCUGCUGCAUCGAAAACCAUCAACGAAUUGAAGAGGCAGUGGGAAAUCGAGGAGGGGGACAGCUGGAGGUUCAUGGUGAACGAAAAAUCACCAGAAGAUGACGAUGUAGAUAGCUAAGCGGAUAUACAAACACGAUAGGAGAUGUGCUCAACAAUGCAACAACACAGAUAUUUAGACGAGGUACUGGAUGAUCUAUGGAUUAGACUCGAUUACUCGUUAAUCAUUGCAGUACUAAAGUUACAAAUCAUGUAAGUGUGAGUUGUGACACUCUUGUAGGGUUGAAAAAAAAAAACAAUUAAUGAAUAAAACUAUUGAAAAAGCAUCUGUUCUUGGGUAAAGUAGAUAUCUGUCAAUCUGUCAAUAGCCAUUAAACCUGUAUCUGGGUAUGCAAAGUUCUCAGAUUCUUGUGUAAUGGGUCAUUGUGAUUAGUACUAAAUCCUAAAUCCUUUUGUAUACUAAAUUGCCAAGCAUUUGUAUAUUUUUCUGCUUUCGGCGCAGAGUGAAGAACUGUUGUAUAAAAACUGGUUUUCUAUCUGCA